UCGCGCGUCUCAUCCAUCUCGCCAUCGCGACGCACACGUGACACGUCCACGGACGCCGUCUGCUGGCGGCUUCUGCACCCAAAUCCGAAAGCGAGGGGAGCACGGGGACGACGCCAUGAGCCGCGCGCUGCUCGCCCAUGUCCUCCACCGCCCGCCGCUCCUCGCCUCGAGGAGUGGCGCUGACGCCCGAGGACUGCUCGCCUCUCGCAUCCACCCUCUCCGUCGUCUCAAUUGCAGCGCGGCCGAAGCGGCUCCCGGCCCCACCGAGGAGGCGCCUGCUUCUACGGCGAGGAAGUAUGUCCCGCGCCUCCCUGCACGUGUGGUGUUCGACGAAAAGAGUAGUUUCUGGUGUACAGCCAACAGGAAUGGUUCACCUUGGAAAUUAUCUUGGUGCUAUUAAGAAUUGGGUUGCGCUUCAGGAUUUAUACGAGACAUUCUUUUUCAUCGUGGACCUGCACGCAAUUACUUUACCAUAUGAUGCACCAGAGCUAUCCAAAGCAACAAGAAGCACUGCUGCAAUAUAUCUGGCAUGUGGUAUUGACAGCUCCAAGGCUUCUAUUUUUGUACAAUCUCAUGUCCGUGCUCAUGUUGAGUUGAUGUGGCUGUUGAGUUCUUCUACUCCUAUUGGCUGGCUCAACAGAAUGAUCCAGUUCAAAGAGAAGUCACGCAAGGCGGGUGAUGAAAAUGUCGGGGUGGCACUUCUGACUUAUCCUGUUCUAAUGGCUUCUGACAUCCUUUUGUACCAGUCCGACUUGGUACCUGUUGGUGAAGAUCAGACACAACAUUUAGAAUUAACUCGUGAAAUUGCUGAGCGUGUAAAUAAUCUCUACGGUGGAAGAAAGUGGAAGAAGCUGGGAGGGAGAGGUGGAAAUCUAUUUAAGGUUCCUGAAGCCCUUAUUCCUCUAGCUGGGGCUCGUGUUAUGUCCUUAACCGAUGGUCUAUCCAAGAUGUCCAAAUCUGCCGCUUCAGAUCAGUCUCGUAUCAAUCUUCUUGACCCAAAAGAUGUGAUUGUCAAUAAGAUCAAGCGCUGCAAAACUGACUCGUUCCCAGGGUUUUCUCUCAAACUAUUCACCUCUACUUUCUCUCUACCUAAUUCCUCCAUCCGUAAGAAAGCUCAUGGCAUUGAAUUCGUAUAUUCCAGCUUGGAGUUUGACAACCCAGAGAGGCCGGAAUGCAGAAAUCUUUUCUCGAUCUACCAGAUUAUUACUGGGAAGACUAAAGAGGAAGUUGUUAGCGAGUGCCAAGAUAUGAACUGGGGGACAUUCAAGACUACCCUUACAGAUGCUUUGAUUGAGCAUUUGCAACCUAUUCAGGCACGUUAUGAGGAGAUAAUGUCUGAUCCAGGCUAUUUGGAUAAUAUUCUUUUGGAAGGAGCAGGAAAAGCUUCUGAGAUAGCGGACAUCACCCUCAACAAUGUAUACCAAGCCAUGGGUUUCUUGCGCAGAUAGCAUAAGGAUCAAUUCAAUUGUUCAGAACCUUUUAACAAAACUUGAGGGGUUUUUUUUUGUCCGAGCCAUGAUUCACAUUAGUGGCUACACUUGUUUUUACACCUUGGACGUGCCACUUCACGAGUUGAAAUUCAUCUACUAAUAUAUUUCACCACCGUUCCUUCAAAUUUUACCGGAGAAAUGGCUUUUGUCA